AUGGAGUUGGUUGCAUCUGAAGUGGGUCUGAAAAUGGAGACCGGAACAAGGAGGAACCAGACGCUCAUUUGUGCUCCAUUGAUGGCGGACACAGUCGACCAGAUGCUGAGUUUAAUGCAGAAAGCCAAGCAGAGUGGUGCUGAUCUUGUGGAAAUUAGAUUGGAUAGCCUGAAGAGCUUUAAUGCGGCGAUUGAUGUUGAAAUUCUUAUCAAGCGUUGUCCUUUGCCUACCCUCUUCACUUACAGGCCUGUUUGGGAAGGUGGUCAGUAUGAGGGUGAUGAAAAAAGUAGACUGGACGUACUUCAUCUAGCAAUGGAGCUGGGAGCUGACCACAUUGAUGUUGAACUUAAGGCCGUCGAGGAGUUCUACAGUUCUUUCCAUGGAAACAAGCCUGCCAAAUGCAAACUCAUUGUUUCUUCUCAUAAUUAUCACAAUACUCCAUCUGCGGAGGAUCUUGGCAGCCUUGUGGCCCGGAUUCAAGCUAGUGGAGCUGAUAUUGUAAAGUUUGCAACGACUGCACAGGACAUUACGGAUGUUGCCAGAAUUUUUCAGAUCACUGUACAUUCUCAAGUUCCCAUAAUUGCAAUGGUCAUGGGAGAAAGAGGUUUAAUGUCUCGGAUACUUUGCCCAAAAUUUGGUGGAUAUCUGACUUUUGGCACUCUUGAGUCGGGCAAGGUAUCUGCGCCCGGGCAGCCAACCAUUGAGGAUUUGCUUAAUUUGUACAAUUUCAGACAGUUGGGGCCUGACACAAAAAUAUAUGGGAUUAUUGGGAAACCUGUCAGCCACAGCAAAUCCCCCAAGUUAUAUAAUGAAGCUUUCAAGUCUGUGGGUUUCAAUGGAGUCUUUAUGCAUUUGUUAGUGGAUGAUAUUGAAAAGUUUUUCCAGACUUAUUCGUCCACUGACUUUGCUGGCUUCAGCUGCACUAUCCCUCAUAAAGAAGCGGCACUCAAAUGCUGUGAUGAGAUAGACCCUGUUGCAAAGUCAAUAGGGGCUGUUAACUGCUUAGUCAGGAGACCCACUGAUGGGAAGUUGUUUGGCUGCAAUACAGACUAUGUGGGUGCAAUUACAGCCAUCGAGGAUGGAUUACGAGAUUCACAUCAUGCUUCGAUUUCAAAUGAGUCACCUUUGGCUGGUAAGUUAUUCGUGGUCGUUGGUGCUGGUGGUGCUGGCAAGGCUCUUGCUUAUGGUGCAAAGCAAAAGGGAGCAAGGGUUGUGAUUGCCAAUCGAACAUAUGAAAGAGCGAGAGAACUUGCUGAUGCAAUUGGAGGGCAAGCUGUGUCUUUAUCUGAGUUAGAGAGUUUCCACCCAGAGGAUGGCAUGAUUCUAGCCAACACAACUUCAAUUGGGAUGCAGCCUAAGGUUGAUGAGACUCCUGUUGCUCAGGAAGCUCUUAAACAUUAUUCCUUAGUUUUUGAUGCUGUGUACACACCAAAAUACACUAGACUACUACGAGAGGCAGAGGAGGCCGGAGCUCAAAUUGUAACUGGAGUGGAAAUGUUCAUCGGACAAGCAUAUGAACAAUACGAGAGGUUCACUGGGUUACCAGCGCCGAAGGAGCUAUUUAGGAGGAUCGUGUCGUGA